AUGCUUCGAAUAAGCAAGUUUUGCAAGGGAGACAAGAAGCUAGUUGAAAGAGUCGGAGCAAGAUUAACCUUACUGGAAAGCAAAGAUGGAUAUGGUCACAUCACAUCAUCUACUUGCCAUGUUCCUUUUGAAAUCCUUUCGAUGAUGGGUGCCCAAGAAGAAAUAUUUGUGUUUUUGUGUUAUCGCGAUGAACGUGUUAUUGUUCGACUAUUAAUGCUUGAAGAGGAAAACGAUGACGGGGAAACGGCGAUGGCUUCACCAAUUGUCUUUUCAAAUCUCGGUUUCGUAUUUGAUGACGAAUUCACCAGUGAAAUAACAAUCGAAUGUUGGUUUGAGCUCAUUGAUGACGACCUGGCAGUGGCAGAUUCUGUGGUUCUUAGACCACUUGGUCAUAAACCUGUGUGGCCCAGUGUACAGAAGGGCCAAGAGAACGAUGGAUUCUCAUGGAUAUUACCAUCAUCAAAAGAAUUCGUACAAGAGUCCAAAAUUUUGUCGGUCUAUAGCAAUUAUUGUUUCAGCAUAUGUUACUAUGAAGUGCUCGCGAUUCAUGCCUCGGAUGGGCGGUCUGUACCCUUCGGUAUCAUAUCACCCUUCUCGAAAAUUGAGCUGGAAGGAAGCUCAAUUCCGUCAUCUGUCUGCCGACUCCCUCCCCUGCCGUUACAAGAGGAUUUCUAUACGGGCAGAAAGACCCAUCAAGUGACGCUCCCCCAUCCAAACCUGACAGACUUGCUCAAAGCGCUUUGCCAGCCAUCGGCAUUGAAGGCAUCGGAGAAAGUUAUUCACGUUAUUGGAACUGACGCUACCCAUCGCGCGUGUCGAUGCAUCGAAGCAGCAGCACACCAACUGGGAUUGCAGUGCUUCCAUCUCCGAGGCUUAGCUGCAUUUGGAUAUCAUCAUGGGAAGGCAGUACGGAAUGGAUCGUUGGCAGAGCAAUUGUCGGGGCUACAGGCUGCGUUUCAAUUGAUUCGAGCGCAAAGAAUUGAACCAUGUGUUUUGCAUUUGUACGAUUUCGACUUGGAGUUAUCCUCUGAAGACGACCAUGUCCGUCACGACCAGGAAGAACGAUUCUGGGCACAAUUCAUGCAAGCAGUGGAAACUGACAAGCCCAGUUCUGAUAGAAGAUUAUCGAGGACAUCUCCAAUAAUGAUUGUGAUCACUACCUGCUCCCCACUGAAAGUUGGCCCUCUAAUGAAGAAUCUUGUUUUUCCUUCUGUUGUGUUGAAACCUCCUGAUGAGGAAUUUGCGAGGUCCUUGUGGAACAGUAAUGAUUGGCAGGAUUCCUUCUGGGAUAGUCGGUUGUUGAAAGGAAGAAGCGCUGACGAAAUAGUUCAAUUAUGCAGACAGGUGCAACAGGUCCCAAACGUAACCGAUAAGCUGAAUGCUCUAAUGGAUUUUUGCAAAGUACUGGACGAAAGAAAGAGAAAAGAGUCGUCGCAAAGCGCAAGUGUAUCGAACGUUCGUUGGGAAGAUGUGGGGGGGCUGGCACAUGUACGACGUGAAAUCAUGGAUGCAAUCGAGUUGCCUUUGAAGCACCCUCAUCUUUUCCCUGGAAAUCAAGGCCGAUCAGGAAUUCUACUUUACGGUCCACCUGGAACUGGAAAGACACUUGUUGCCAAAGCAGUUGCGACAGAAUGUGGCUUGCCAUUCUUCUCCGUGAAGGGUCCCGAGCUGCUGGGAAGCUAUGUGGGCGAAAGUGAAGCUAGCGUUCGGGCAAUUUUUCAUUCGGCACGAGAAGCAGCUGUCAAGAAUGCUCCAGUUGCUGCAUCGGUUUUGUUUUUUGAUGAGCUGGAUAGUCUUGCACCGCGACGUGGUGGAGUUGGUGACGGCGGUGGAGUUAUGGAACGAGUGGCUGCAACCUUGUUUUCAGAGCUGGAUGGCACGAUGCCAAAUGGAAGAAUAUUUGUCAUGGGUGCUACCAACCGACCUGAUCUAUUGGAUCCUAGUCUCUUGCGACCUGGAAGAUUGGACAGGCUGGUAUACCUUGGAGUGCCAGUUGAUAGUGACAACAGAACGCGAGUUCUUGCUGCUCAAAUUCGGACUCUCAGUCUAGAGGGCGACCCAUUUGAGAUUGCACGAAAAGUUGUCGAUCAAAUGCCUCCAAGGCUAACAGGUGCUGACUUGUCCGCUAUCGCAACCGGAGCUUUGUCAAGGGCCGCUGGUAGACUGUGUUCUCAAGCAGAGGAAGAGAGAAUGCAACUGGAGAUGACACGUGGUAAAAAGGUUGACAUAUCUGAGGUUCUCGGGGUAUGGGAUGAACAGCAACGCACACCAGUAGUGCUUCUGGAUGACCUACUUGCCGUGUCAUCGCAAAUGACUCCUAGUUUGUCGGAAGAGGAAUUGAAAAAAUACCAUGUAUAUGCAAAGUGA